AAAGGUCUCAGUCCACUACAGGAGCUUGUGAUCUUCCUUCCCUGGAGCAGUUUUUUGUGAGACACAGCGAAACUGAUUGCAACUGGACUCUUAGCAAGAAAGGUCAAUGCUCUCACGGGUCAUCACCAGUACCUGAAAGAUGCAUCUCUGCCGUUCAAGAAAAUUGUUCGAUGGAGAAGUUUGACUCCAGAGGUGAUAAUUAUUGUAGCUUGGUUGAAGGAGCUGGAAAUGGAGCUAUCACAAGUUUAUUACACGACAACCAUGUUUUCCUGAAAGCGAGCACUAAAUCUCUUCAUACUACUAAAAAUUUGGUUCCCCCAUAUGUUAAGAGCAUCAAGUCUCAUCCUUUUCAGUGGAAAGAUGUGCCAAAAAAAGUGAAGGAGAGUUGCAGCUUGACAAAGAAAGAACUUGAAGCUGGUCCUUUCAAUACAUCCUUAGGAAGCUCUGGUGCCGAUGUUUUUAAACGCUUUACUGGAUGUGCUCAACACGUUGUACCCUUGAAGGAUCAUGAUGUGUCAAUUAUCUCUUCUAGAUGUUCUGCUCCUAAUGUGGCCCAGUCAUUCAUUGAGACUAACAAGAAAGAUUCUUCUACUGCCGAAGUUAGGGGGGAUGUGAGAUUUGCAAAUAGCCUUAUUCCGGAUGAAGAAUCAAAAUAUGACAGAAGCUGGUCGUGUAAGGAUGCAGUUGAUAAUGAAAUAUGUGCUGAAUUAUUCAGUUCUGCUUCUAGAAUCAACUUCACCAAAAGAGGGCCAUUAGAAGUAUUUCCUAGAGAACCUUCUCUUGGUCUCAUGGAAGAUAUUAGGCAUCAAAGUUUAUGUAAAUCUGAGUACGUUCCACACCAACCACACAAGCUCAAGAGAAGCUCGAUCUUAGAGGAAGAGUGUGAACACAGACAAAAGUUUGAUGAGGGGUCCGAGAACCGGAGGAGAACAGUAAACUCCAUGAAGUUGGAUGCACUAAUUACUGUCUCCUGCCAAUCCUCUAUCAAUAACAAUUCUCCAAAAUGUACUGAAGAAGUUGGGCAGAAUAUUUAUUCUCUCUGGAAGGUGCAAAUGCCAGAUGGACGUGAUGAAGUCAGUCCCAGCAGUUCUUCCAAACAGCUGGGCACUGCAUUUUCUGCUGCCAAAGGAUCGUCCCUCAGCAGAGAGUUGAAGAGAGUAGAGCAGAACGAAUCCGAGGCUGAUAAAUGUUCCAUGGUUGAUGAAACAUUAGAAACUUUUGAAAUGGUAAGGAAGAAGAGGUUAAGAUUAGAUAAUGCGUCUGUUUCGAAGAAUGGAACUCGAGAAACAUGCUGUAGUAGUACUGAAUUGACUACAGAAUUAACAUCAUUGGGCAGUCAUUGUAAUUCUCAAGGUAAGCCUAAUGUCCCCAAGAGGAUGACUAGGCCUACAGUGUUUGGGGAAUAUGGAAUCAUUUCUAAUGGAAGUCUAUCAAAACCAACAAAGAUUGUUCCCCUUAGGAAGAUUCUCAAAGCUACAGCAUCUCCUACAGAAAAUAGCAACAAGAAUGCCUGCAAGAAUGACAAAGAGGACUCCAUAUUCGUGAAGGUGAAGGAAACGAGUGCCCAACGCCUGAAGGGAAUAGUUUCAAGCAAGAAAUUUCCAAGGGGUCGAGUUAAAAAUCCUCUACCAAUUGAAGCGGAAUCUCUACCAAUAGAAACAAUUGGAAAUGAUGAUCUGUCAUAUACUUUGCUGAAAAGCAAUAACCAUGAUAUUAGAGGCAGCAAGUUUGGGGCUGAUGUGAACAGGAUGCACAAAGAAGGUCGAAAACGCAGCCUUCAUGAACUCUUAACAAAAGGGAGUGACUUCAAAUCUGUUAGCCCUUCUGCCAUAUCUUCGUGCCGAACACCUGGCAAAUACUGGGAAGAGAGGGUCACAGAUGCUGUAGAUAGUCAUAGAGUUCAAAAAAAUGAAGUGAACAAUGCUAAGAGAUGCUCGAAAAAUCACCAGCCUGAUAAAUUUUGCCACACUUGUCAGAGUUCAGACCAAGAUGGAUGUGAUAAGUUAAUUGAGUCCACCAGGUCCUUAAUUAAGGGGCUCCAUUGUGAGGCCAAAACUAUUGAUGCUACGUCUCACAUGUUUAUUACUAAUGAUGAUAAUGGAAGUGUUCUGCCUGAAGAGAAAUCCUUAACCUGUGCACGAGUUGAGGGUUACAAGGGUCGAAAACGAGAAGGUUUUUUGCAUAAUCAGCCUCCAGAUGCAACUGGACAUGCCGGUUGCCUUGUUCCACAAGAGCAGCUAAAUGCGUGGAUGCACAUUCAUCGACAAAAGCCACAGAGAAAAGGGCGCCCAAAGCUCCCAAGUGCUGUCGUCGAAUCUGACUAUCGGAAAGCCUAUGCUCGCCAUAAGCAUUCAAGAGGCUGGAAACAUUUGGUUGUAUAUAAAUCUGGCAUACAUGCUCUAGGUCUCUACACAUCUCAGUUCAUCUCUUGUGGAGCAAUGGUUGUUGAAUACGUAGGUGAAAUAGUGGGCGCUCGUGUGGCAGACAGAAGGGAGAACGAAUAUCACUCAGGAAAGAAAAUGCAACAUAAGGGUGCUUGCUAUUUCUUCAGGAUAGAUAAAGAACACAUUAUUGAUGCAACUCGCAAGGGUGGGAUUGCUCGAUUUGUCAACCAUUCAUGUGAGCCAAACUGCAUUGCCCGAGUCAUCUGCAUGAGGAAUGAAAAGAAG